AAACAAUAUUAGCAGACACGAGUUACCAAAGCACUACACAAGCAGACAUUUCUUGCAUAGUCAAAUACACUUUACAGAAUUGCAAUGUUAACUCCUGUGAUCCUUAUGAUCAUAGUCUUGAGCUGAAAGGAAACACUAGUGAACUCUAUGCCUCUCGUAGAAAUAAUAUCAUGGAAUAUUCAA